GGGCCUGUCAAGAUGGCGACGACCGGCGACGGCGAGGAGCAGGAGGAGUUGGCGGCGGAUUGGGCUCUGCCUUCAGAAGUGGAAGUCUUGGAGUCCAUCUAUUUGGAUGAGCUACAUGUGUCUAAAGGAAACGGAAGGUCUGUGCCAUGGGAAAUAUCUAUCACCCUUCAUCCAGCAACUGCAGAGGACCAGGAAUCUCAGUAUGUCUGCUUAACCUUGGUGCUAUCCGUGCCUCUUCAGUAUCCAAAUGAAGUGCCAAAGAUAGCCAUCCAGAAUCCUCGAGGGCUGUCAGAUGAGCAAAUCCAAAAGAUUUCCCAGACACUACAAUGUACUGCUGAGGCCCAGCUGGGUACAGCUAUGUUAUAUGAGCUAAUAGAGAAGGGAAAGGAAAUCCUUACAGACAACAACAUCCCUCAUGGGCAGUGUGUGAUUUGCCUGUAUGGCUUUCAGGAAAAUGAAGCUUUCACUAAGACACCAUGCUACCACUACUUUCACUCACGUUGCCUUGCCAGUUAUACAGAGCAUAUGGAGGAAGAGAUCCGUGCAGAGAGGAAAGAAAGAGUACAGCCUUUGGCACCUCUGCCCAAAGAGGAAUUUGAAGUGCAGUGCCCUGUGUGCAGGGAGCCUCUGGUUUAUGAUCUUGCAACAUUGCAAGCAGCACCUCCUCCACAGCAGCCAAUGGAGGUGUACCAACCUGACACACAGACACUGCAGCACAGAGAACAACUGCGCCUGAUCUAUCAGAAGCAGCAGGAAAAAGGAGGCAUCAUUGACCCUGAAGCAGAAAGAAAUCGCUACUUCAUCAGCCUGCAAAAGCCCCCAGAUACCACUGAACAUGAACAAGUAGCCAUCUCAGAAAAUGUUCUGGAUACUGACAAGGAACUGAAGCCAUCAGUAGGCUCAGAACAUACCCAAGGAACUGCAGAGGCUGCUGUUCCAGUGAGGAAUGAACCCGAAAAACCAGAGAGACCUUCUGUCCCUUUGCAUUUCCAUAGCAAGAGAGAGAGGACUCGUGAGGAGAAACCAUCUAUACAAGGCCCUGGCUGGCAGCUGCGCUACAAGUCACUGGAGACACCAGCAGAAACUCAUUGUCUUCUCACUGUUGAGGGAAAAUCGAGAACCUUCAGUAGAAGACCCAACUGGAGAAAGGAGAGGGGACAGCGAAGCUGUGGGAGGUACAAUCAAGACUUCUCAAAAUCUUGCAGCAGAGACCAAGUGUCUUCAUUGGUGGAGAAAAAAGAGCUGUGCACCAGAGGAAUCUCACCAACCAAAGAGGGAAUGUAUUUGAGAGAGGAGAAAAAUAUUGUGGGGAAAUGGACGCAGGAACAGAAAAGUCAAGCCCAUGACAGCGAGGAAGUAAACUUGGAGGUUAGCCAUAAUGAGCUCAGGGGGUCGGCCAAGUGGCAGGGUCGCCGUGGGAUGCAGGAUUGCAGGCAGUGGGAAAAGACCAAGGGCAGAGAACAUGGAUCUUAUAUUAAAGUGUCAAGAGGCCGAGGACACACCACAUUGAACUCAAGGAGAGAGCCGCAGAGCCAAGAGACUGAGGAUGGCUCCUAGCAGGCAGGAGUUGAGGCUUGAGGGGCUUUUUCUAGGGGUAAACACUGAUGAUUUUGUUGUGCUGUCAACCAUUGGCCUUGAUUGUAAGGAAAAGCAGAUCUGUCUUGAAAUUCUCCUCUGGGCCAUGGGCAGUUUAUGUCUAGCAAAGUAGGGGUAUAUUGUCCUCAGAGAUCAGAAUUACUGUCUGUGGACUGUAGUAAUUAACUGAAUAAUAAAUGGUAGCCAAAUGCUAUUGCCCAUCGGUAAACUGUAGGAUCUUACAGUGAAUCAGCACUGUGUAGAGGACUGUUUGAGGCUGAAUCACUGAACUAAAAGCCAAGCUUGAAAAAUAACUAUUAAGUAACCCUGUUUUAAAAUAGGUGCUAAAAAUAAAAGGGAGUACAGGUCUCUUUGUUUACUGUCCAGAAGUAUGGAGAGGACUUGUCAAAUAGUGUCACUAUUUUUAGACAUGCCUUGUUGAUGGCAUUGGCAUAUGUGAAAAGAGUGGACUUGAAUCAAUACUGACUUGGUGGCUGUUGACCACAGAGGGUUCUUUAAGCCCCACAACUGUGGCCAGACUGAAAGUUGGGGUCUCCCACUGCCUCAUUGUAAUUGGCUAAUGUUCAGUAGUGAUUGACCUUGAACUGCAAAAAUCAAACAUUUCUAUUCUAAAGGGCCUUUAAAUUAUAAGAAGUCCAACUCCUUAGUCACCUGGUAGUUGGAUUUGGAGAUAGUAUUGACGUCAGAGGCUUCAGCUUCUGGUACAGCAAGGCUCUUGUGUUUGCCUAUUUUCACAAAUGUGAUAUCCUGCAAUGGUCUACUAACUGCAAUUCUGCCCAGGGUUCACGUGACUUAUGUUUUGGAUCUUGUCAUCUUUGAUUAGAGCCAAUUUUGGCUUUUGUUGGGGUGAGAUGUCUCUCAUGCUCAACUGUCUUUCCCUUCCUAACUUUAUGGCUGUGUGUAUGUGCAUUCACCCACACACCAUUCAUGAACAGCUCCACUCUCCAUUUGGAAGGGUAAUACCAAUGUACCUACCUAUUUUUAGGCUACACAGUCCCUGUCAUCUCCCUCAGCAAAAUGCAGCCUUGUCUUCAUGGGUAUUUCUGCUCAGAGGAGGAGUCUGUAGCAAUAUGGAGUACAUGUGGCCACUAUGCAAACAUUUUGAGCAGACUUUCCUCCGCUUAUAUUUCUAUUUUGUCACAUAUUUAUGGCCUUCCUCUCCCCACAACAAUUUUUACCCUAGCCUAGGAUGUGUGAAAGUUCCCAAGCUGCUUAAAUUCCUUAUAUGUCUGCAAAAUGUCCCCCACCCCUCCCCCACUGAAGCUUUGUCAGACUUCAUAAUUUUCCUUUUCUGCUUAGCCACAGUAACAUUGUGUGUUAACUUUACAUUGUGUGAUAACUUUACACAGUUGCCAAAAUGAGCUUACAAUAGAAGUGUGACUGAUUUUAAAUCAGUUCAUGCUAGAGGCUAAAUGAUGUCAUUUGUCAUAGCACAUGGAUGCAUGCACAUAAACCAGUUUGAGCAGUUCUGCCUAUUAAAAAGGAUUGAUGUGAGAUUGAUUUACCUCCCUGCACUGUGGUGAGGUGUAAUUUGUGGUGAUGUGAUGCAAAACAGGAGUAUUAAAAGCAAUUUGUUUGAGUAAACCAAUCUAUGACUCUCUUUCAUGGAUAAAGAACAUAGCUGCUGCUGUGCUGCGUGUGAUGAGACCAUUCAACAGUAUUGCCUCCCUGCAGAUGGUUUCUAACCUAUGACCCAAGUAGUUUAUGACCUCUUAGCUAAAAUGAGGUACCUUUUGAUUAUAAAUGAAAAACAAUCGGGUUCUAAUCUAGACAUCUCUCUGUUGGAUUCAUAUUUUCUUUUUCUUUUCUUUUUUGUAAACUAUUCUUCUAAGGAGAAAGGCUGCUUCAUUUUGCACCAGUUGAAACUUCUGAGCAAAAAUGAAUGGUAGCCUACAUAGAAUAUAAAACAUGGGUAACACAGUAUCUAGAUCCUGAUUGGCUUUUCUGGACAGGGUUAUAAUAUAGACAUAGGUCCAGGUCCAGAAAUACCUAAAAGCUAUACAUCUUGAGGACUGGGGAAGUUAAACACCUCCUGUUAUAGGUGCUUAUGUUUCUUUUAUCCAGUCCCUGAGCAUGGCCAGCCACACCCCAUCAGCACAGAAACUACAGGAUCUGGUCCAGAUUGGGGUGGGGGUAGGGACCUGAUUGUUCUCAACUUCCUUAUAUUGCUGGUUUCAGGCAUCUGCAAAUUGUCUCCCAGUUGUUGUUGUUUAGUCGUUUAGUCGUGUCCGACUCUUCGUGACCCCAUGGACCAUAGCACGCCAGGCACUCCUGUCUUGCACUGCCUCCCGCAGUUUGGUCAAACUCAUGUUCGUAGCUUCGAGAACACUGUCCAACCAUCUCGUCCUCUGUCGUCCCCUUCUCCUAGUGCCCUCAAUCUUUCCCAACAUCAGGGUCUUUUCCAAGGAUUCUUCUCUUCUCAUGAGGUGGCCAAAGUAUUGGAGCCUCAGCUUCACGAUCUGUCCUUCCAGGGAGCACUCAGGGCUGAUUUCCUUAAGAAUGGAUAGGUUUGAUCUUCUUGCAGUCCAUGGGACUCUCAAGAGUCUCCUCCAGCACCAUAAUUCAAAAGCAUCAAUUCUUCGGCGAUCAGCCUUCUUUAUGGUCCAGCUCUCACUACCAUACUGUCUCCCAGUGCCACCUAAUAAAUAUCUAAUAGAAAUUGGGAAUGUUGGAACUAAGGUGACAAAAAUGAUUUUUCCUAGAUUCAUUCCUAUGAAGAAAUCUAAGACAUUUUUACAUACAUUUAUUGAUAGCCAGUGAUUAUUAUCUUUUAGCUAAAUAAGGCUAAGGUGAUGAUCCUCUUUGCCACAGAGAUCAAAGGAAAAAGAAGGAAAUCUAAAGAGGGCAAGGGAACCUGGAAUCAACUAUAUCAUACUAUUAGAAACAAAGGGUAUUGGCAGAUGAUAUGAUCAACAGAAGAAUGGGAAUGAAUCAUAAAAAGUGACCCAAAGGGGCUAAUUGGUGAGCAAAGUGCAUAUAGCUCCUGUAGUGUGCAUUAGGUAAAAAAAAGAAAGAUAGAGAAGGUAAGAGCUGGAUGACAGGCUACUGUAUUAGAGUACACAAACUGUUCAUUUGAGCUUGGAUGGAUUCUUUCAGAUUACCUGUUAAACUGAGCAGUCUUCUGCAUAUGCAGAUAUACAAUGUCUUGACUGCCCUAUUGAGCAGCCAUCUUGAUCUGAAGGGAGGUUAUACAAUGACGAACACUCAUCCUGAUGUGUGGAGGUUAUAUAUAUUUCCAUCUUUUAUACCACACUUUUUCAUGCAGUUCCCCAAAUGCAAAGAGUCUGGUUUUUAAAAGUGGAUUUUGUUGCAGCAAAGCACUUAUUCCACUUGAAUUGUAUAGACUUAUUUUUCUGAUAUGCAACUGAAUCCCUUCGAAAUGUGUAAUGGGAGGGUGCCAUGUGAGAGGUAUGGUAGAAGAGAGAGAUGAACAUGCUCAAAACAGGAACAGGAGCCAAACAUUAGACAAGUAGGAGGGGAUGAGGUUGGGAAAUAAAGGGACAAGAGGAGCAAUGGAGUGAGGGUACCAUAUUGGACUGAAGUUGAACAAAGUACUGUUUUUCCCAUUUGCUCUCUAGGACUGUUGAGAUCCUUAAAAAAUAUCCACCACUAUUAACAAGUGUUUGAUUAGGUCUCAAGGCUUCUGGAUCUGUGCUGUUGAUCACAUCCUCUGCCUUGACACUUUCCCCUUCUAUUGUUUUGCUGUCUCCUGAUUGUUCUGCCUUCCUUUUUACCAACUGCUCUAUCCUUUGAGGACAUUUCACAAACCCACCCUAUUUUCUUCCAUCAUGUCCACAUGCAGCA